GAUAAGCCGAGUCGAACGUUUCAUGUCAAGCUCGCAAUGUCGUCAGUAUACUCUCAACAUGCGAGCGCUAAACAUCUGUCUGCUGCUGAUGCUAAUCGUGGCCAUAGGCUGCGCUACGGCUGCGCCAGCUGCUCUGCGACAACGUCGCCAAAUCGAUCUGACGCUGUCCGCCGAGCACGACGACAAGGAUGACGAAACGGAGCUGGCACUGGAGGCGAUAGCGGGCCUGUGGAGCAGUCCGGAUAGCCGCACCAAGGUGGAUGGUUCCGCCCGUGUGGUGCAUCGUGUCAAUGGAAUGCAAACGGGUUCGGAGCAGGACUGGCGGCUGGGCGUGCGUGUUGUUUUCAGUUAAGGUCAGACGGGAAGAACGGGAACAGCAUUAUUACACGAUUGCGUGCGCCGAUGUCGAGGCACAGUCAAUUGAUUGAUAACUUCUUUGACCUUUUCUUCGAGUAAAUACUUCAAUUGUAAUUGCAAAAA